GUCGCCGUCGCUGUCGCCGCCUCGAACAGGCGCAGUCGAGGCCGAAGUCGAGGUCGAGGUGGAGAUCGAGACCGGGAGUGACGUUUGGCCCGCCAGGCCGGACGACGAAGAGGACAACGGCGACGGCGACGGCGACGGCGACGGCGACGGCGAGGGUGAUGGUGACGGCGAGGACGAGGGCGACGCGGAUCUGUGCGUCACCGCGCCGCCAUUGGUCGACGGCAGUCGACCCGCCUGCCUCGUGCCGAUGUACUCCUCGCCGUUGGUGAUGCGUCAGGCGGCGAUGCGCAGACGCAUCCUCUUCCGACUCAAUCGAGAUGUACAUCCUUUCAUUCAGUACCCGGUCGACUUUCAGAUUAGCGUAAGCACCAACGCCACGGCAACGGGGCGUCUGUCAGGAUUCGUCUUGAAGAGUGCAUUGGAGGAAAUGUUUUGUCUAUUUUUGCUUAAAAAAGGUUGUCUUUCGAGUCUGCCAGCAGAUUGGACAGACGAAGCGAGGUGA